AUGGCCGACAAGCUGGCCCUAGUGCUGCUGUACGUCUUCUGGUUCGUCGGCAACUACUACUACAAUCUCUACAACAAGCAGGCCUCGAUGAAGGCGGGCGGCAAGGACGGCGGCCUCACGGUCACCAUCUCGGUCAUGCAGAUUGUCGUGUGCGCCGCGUGGGCAAUGGGCCUGUGGCUGAUCCGGCGCAACCCGACGCCGCUGCUGGGGCUGAAGGCGCCUGCGCCGCAGCCGCUGCCGGCCAUCACCAAGGCGGACGUCAUCAGCCUCCUCCCGCUCACCUUCUGCUACGCCUUUGCCCACACUGCGGGAGUCGUCGCCCUUACCGCCGGCUCGCCUGCCUUUGGACAAAUUGUCAAG